AUGAAUUUAAAUUUAAAUUUGGAAGAUUAUGAAUCAGCUCUCCAUGCAAUUGAAACGAAGAGUCUGAAAAUGGGAGUUUCUGAUCCAUUAGACCCUUAGAUGAGUCAAGUAUUUAGCGUAAACAUUAAUGCAGAUUUUCUAUUUAUAUGGGUUAAUUGAAUUUAAAAAGAUCGAGAAUACAUUACCAUUUUAAGAUGUAACACAAGAAUUCAAAAAAAUUGACGAAUUUUUAACAGUAGCUGCUGAGAUAUGUGAAGACGAUGAUUUGCUGAUAAAAAUUUAUUCAUUAAUCGGAGAUUUAUAUUUCUUGUAAUACAUUUCAAAGAUAUUUUAGAGUUGAUUUAAAUGAAAUUGCAGAACUGAGUUAUUUAGAAGCGAUAAAGAUCAGUCGAGAUCCAAUACAAUAAGUAUAGUUAUACAUAGAAAUCUUGCAAUUAAGAAUUGUUUUCACAAAAUCGGAGGGAACAGCUGAAUUGUUUUAAAAGGCUAAAUAGUUGGCAUUCGAUAAUAAUUCACAUUUGUUAGAUACUAUUUUCAAGUUAGAGGAAGAAUAUGUUGUCUCCAUCUAAGAUAGUUAAUACAUUCCUAAAUAAGACAAUACACAGGGAGAAAGCAAAUUGAGAACUAGUCAAAAGUAUAAGUAAAUGAGAAACUUGGGUGUGUUUGGAAGUUAUAAGAGAAGCAAUGCUAAAGAGGAAUUAAUGAAUUGAAUAUUAUU